AUGGCCUCUGAGUCCAGCAUUGACCAGAUCAAUGCUGUUCUGCUGCAGUUAAGCAAAGAAGUUAUUCGAUGUGUCAAUUUUGCAGCCAUCAAGCACAAAGACCAGCGAAGGAAAGAUGAGCAGCAAACACCGUAUGUCAACCAUGUCAUUGGAGUGGCAUACAUCCUCAUUAGUGAAGGAGGGGUCUCAGAUCUCUCAGUUAUACAAGCAGCACUGCUCCAUGACACGCUAGAGGACACAAAUACCAGUUUUUACGAACUCCAAGCAGAGUUUGGGGAGGAUGUUGCAAAUUUAGUGAAAGAGGUAACAGACGACAAGUCCCUCCCAAAGGUAGAAAGGAAGCGACUACAGGUUGAGAAUGCAGCACAAGCCAGCUUCAAAGCAAAGCUGAUCAAAUUAGCUGACAAGCUGUACAACCUGAGAGAUCUACGACGGUCCACCCCCGUGGGCUGGACGCCUGAGAGAGUGCAAGAGUACUUUGAAUGGGCUGCCCAAGUGGUCACAGAGUUAAGGGGAACCAAUGCAGCCAUGGAGGAAAGUUUAGAGGCUUUGUUUGCAGAGAGGGGCAUCAGUGUAACCUCCUAG